AGCUGAGCGGGUGCUGCUAGCGGAGGCGCCAUAUUGGAAGGGACAAAACUCCGGCGACAGCGAGUGACACAAAUAAACCCCUGGACCCCCUCGUUCCCCCAGCUCUAAGGGCCGCGAUGUUGUACCUAGAGGACUAUCUGGAAAUGAUUGAGCAGCUUCCAAUGGACCUGCGGGACCGCUUCACCGAGAUGCGCGAGAUGGACCUGCAGGUGCAGAAUGCAAUGGAUCAACUAGAACAAAGAGUCAGUGAAUUCUUUAUGAAUGCAAAGAAAAAUAAACCAGAAUGGAGAGAAGAACAAAUGGCAUCCAUCAAAAAAGAUUACUAUAAAGCUUUGGAAGAUGCAGAUGAGAAGGUACAACUGGCAAACCAGAUAUAUGACUUGAUACUUCUAGAGCACCAGCGAUGAGCCGUCACUUGUGCUAAGUGGGCAUUAAUGACACAGAGAAGCAAUGAAUAUAGGCAAACUAUUAAGUUAAGAUUCAUUUAGAUUUUUGAUAAGUGCUAUGAAGGAAAUAAAUGUUGUGGAGAGAGGGAUAAAGAGGAAUUACUAGGGAAGCUGUUCAGAAUGUAGUCAGCAGGAGUGGCAUCGUCUCAGGAGGUGACAUUUGAGGAGGUACUUGGAAAGUGAGAAGAGCCAGCUGCGGGAAGAGAGCAUCAGGAAGAACACUACAGGGAGAUGAUGGACCAAGGGCCACGUCUGAGGUGGGAGAGUGCUUGGCGGGGUGACGCAGAGACAGGCCAGUGUGGUUGGUGGAUAGUGAGGAAGGAAAAGUUGGUGCUAGGAGGGAGGCAGGCAGGAACCACCACAUGCAGGGUCGUCUAAGCCAAUGGAAGCAGUGUGUUUUCCUCUGAGGAGAGUAGGAGGCCACCUUAAACAGAGGAGCGAAGUGUACCUUAGAGGAAAUCGUCUCUGUGCCUUUGCUUAAACAUUGCAUUGCUGUGGUAAUUUCAAGUAAGCAUGUAUUAUAUUUACAGAUUUUAAUGUACAAGAAUUAGAUACAUAAUUAUGUUUGAUUUUGCCCCUCAGUGUUUUACAUAACAUGGUAUUUCAUUGUAUUAUUUACUGUUAAAAUCAGUAGUACACUUUUUAUACCUAUGACAGUAUUAUACUGGUUACUCCAUUUAUUAAGGAAAGAUUAGACUGCAUAAAUAUCCACAAAUGAAGAGACUGGUGGAAUUAGAGAUUCAGUAGAGCAAACCGAAAGUUUAGUUAUCUCAGUGGUGGUUUUAGUGGAAAUAAGCAACAACAAAAAAGCUAUCCUAUCAAAAUAAUUUCCUUCUAGAAUCCUGAUACUCUUAGUCAUUAAACACUUAUUUGUAUUUCUCAACGAGAUGUCACUGUCAUCAGGCUGUAUUAGAUUACAAUACCUAUUAAAGUUGAUUUAUGUGUACUUAUAAAUUGAGCUUUUAGUUAAUGCUUGAAUGAUUUUAGCAGUCUCAUACUGCUCAGUACCUUUGAACUUGCUUCUUUUUUAUAUCCUGGCCUAUUACUGAGAUGAUUAUAUUUCAGGUGUACAUUUUACCUAUAUAUUGGAGAAUUCUUUAUCUGAUACUCUGAUUAAAGAAAUACAUAAGUUUGACCUUUUGACUUGUCUCCUAUCAUUAUUGUCUUUUAGGAAGGUUAGAUGUAGUUUAUAUGCUAAGGCCUCAAAUAUUUGAGUCAGCCUAAACAUGGAUCAGAUUUUCACCUAUUUUAAAUAUAAUUCAGAGAUGUGAAGAAUCAUUUUCAUGACUUAACAGAGAAAUAAUUUGCCAUCAUGGUUCCUUUUUCUUCUCCAAUUUAUCCUCUUUAUUCACCAUUACCAGAUCUUCUCAUAGUUAGAAAUUUAACUGUCAUUGCCAUGGAUUUCACCUUAGAACUUUAUAGAAUAACUUGUGUUCAUUCUGAAAGGGCAAACUAAAUAUUUAAAUUUUAGAAUUUAACGGUAUUGGAAGCCAUAAAUCAUGUAGAAACUUUUUGAAAAGCUGUAUUUAGUUCAGUUUGGGUGCAUCAGUGACAUCUUAAAAUAUGAAUAUUGAGACUGGGAGUCAAAAGAGAAAGAAUAAAGGAUUACAACUCUAUGCUAAAAUGUUAAAAUAUGAGGAUUUUUCUCUUUCGUGCAGAGGUGCCAAAUGUGACUUAUCUUUGUGAUCAUCAAGAUGUUAACAAAUAAUGUUGACAGAAUUUCCUUUGGCUCUGAAGAGGUCAGAAAGAAGAGAAUUGAUUUAAAAUUAAAGCAGUUGUAUUUGGGGUUGUGAGGUAUGAUUUGGGUCCAUAGAAUAAGGAAGCUUUUAUGGCUAGUAUUUAUUGACAUAAAGUGGGAAACAAAUCAAUAAUCAGACUCUGUGGUCAGCCUUGUGUUAGGAGCAUGUGGUUAAUAGAAAAUCUCUCUCAAUUAGAGUACUACCCUCUCUACUACUAUAAAUUAAUCUUAUGAGGUCAUGUGUAUGUGGAGGAGAGGGGUAAUUUAGGUUCUUGCUUUGCCUGAUACCUUUGGGGCCAUUAUGGUAGUCUGCCAGAUUAGGAACUUUCGCCCCUUCAGAAUCAUGGGGGUAGAGGAGAUGUACUCUACAGGUUUCAGGAAAGUUCAACCAUAGCUCUUGCUAUGGCUGCUUAAUGCGUUGAAAUACUCUGUUGCUUCAUAGUUUGAGUUAAACCUCGUAGUAAGCUUUCUAACUUCUAAUUUGAUUUAGUACAGUAGCAGCGAUUCUAAGAAAAACAGUCCUCAUUGCCUAAUAAUUGCUUCUAAUAUUCAUCAGUUCAUAAUCUUUUUUUUACCUACCAAGAGGUAGGAAUGACUGGACCCUAUCUUACAAAGCUGUCUACCACAAUGUGGUUUAUGCUUUUCUGUAUAUAAUUACGUAUUUGUUUUUAGAAUUAUUAAGUCUUUGACUUCUAUUCCUUUUUCGGAGCUGCUAGUAUUGAAAAUUCCGUCAUUAUUUUCCAUGCUCUCAUGUGUAACAAUCCCUGUCAGUACUAUCUUUAACACACUGAAGCAGUUCUUCAACGCUGGGGUGGAAGGAGUUGGGAGAGGGUACAUGAUGUCUUCAUCUCUGACUGCAUCCUCCUGACCAGCAGUUUAACAUUCUGCCUGUCUAUACUGUAGAUUACUGUUGUAGACCACAUCAUACUUUUACUUUUUUUUUUUCCCUCCCUCUGAGAAUCUUGUUUGUCUUCCUGUCUCUAUUCAUUCUUUAAUUAUUAAUUUUUCUUUCCAUCUAUUUGAAAACAGUACAUUCUUCACCCUCUAACUCAUUUACCUCCUUUGUGUCUACCACAGCCCAAGGUUAUAUAUGUAUUUUUUAUGUACUACUUCUAAUCCUUUUCUAGCUGUUUCUUAUUUGCUACAUCCAGAGUAUAUAUAUUUUAAAACAUUUAUUAUGUUAAAAAGCUCACAUAAAUCUUGAUUUGUCAGCCAAAUUUGUAAUUCCUAUGAAAGCAGGGAUUCUCUCUCAUUUUUCAUGUAUUUUCCAUUUAACCCAAUGCCAAGCACAAAUCUCAAUAUUGUAGGUAAUAAAGGUGGUGGAAUAUUUUCAUUGCAUUAAGUGGUCUUGGAAUUUAAAUAUGAGUACUGUUUCUGACUUCCCUUGAGAUUAAAUUUUGACAAUGUAGGAGAUAUUCUUGAAUAACUGAGGUCUGUGUUCACACUUAAUUAAUUGGAAGGGAGUUUCCAUUAAAGGAUGCUCAAUUACCUGCGUGUUCUUUGAAUAGGAGCAUUUGUCCAUAAUACAUGCCUCUAUAGGAUUUUAAAUAUUGUAAUUUUAGAUUCUGCCAUACUCUGAACAAUAACUUGCGUGUGAAGAUGGACAGAAAAGUGGGUUUCAAGUUAUUGAAAAGUCACUAACCAGUACCCCGCUGGAUGCUGUUAUAUAAGAAAUAUAAAUAACAAGAAAUUAUUUUUA